AUGAGUCAGGAGUAUUUUCCCGGCAUGGGCGGUUCCUCGGCCGGCGAGGGAUCGUCUAGACACGCUCCGGACGAGUCUUCGCAGAACCCUCCCCUUCCGAACGCCCCGCCCGCGUAUAUGACCGUCGGUAAUGGUUCGACUUCGGAGAGCGCCUCGCGCUUGAUGGCUUCGCUGGACGAGGAUUCUGGCUAUGGUGGCAGCAUCGCGAGUGGCAGCGCCAUCGACGGCAAUGGUGGCAGUAGAUUAAGACCGGAGUUAUUUGAGGACCGACCAACUCCGAUGCAUGCCCCGGCGUAUUUCAGUGAGGCCGCGGAACAUGAGAGACAGGUGGUGGCGAGUCAUGUUCAUCAGUUACAAUACAACCAAAACAGGACAAAGCUCGGUCGAGCGAUCUCGCGCACUAUCGAAACCCUGAAGGAACUCCAGAAUAUGAAUCGCCAGUGGCCGGCCCAUUACCCUUCCGUUCAGCACCCCGAUCCCUCUCGGCCCGCGUUGCAGCACACACAGUCGUUCGGCUUGAAUCCUGAUGAAUCGGAGGACCCCCGACCCGGAAUGAGGCGCGCAGCGACUAUGCCCAUCAACGACGAUUUGGCCGAAUCCAGUUCCACCGCGGAGCGUCGCACCACCCCCGAGCCGAGGUUGAUGAGCCCACAGAUUGCGCAAGAGUUCUCGAUCUUGAAGUUGGAUCUGAAGCUGGGAGCUUUGUCUCAGGCUGAGCUUGUGCAUUCCUUGGAAAAGUCGUCUAUCGCGUCUCUCUUGGACGGAAAGAUUAGCCAAAGUGUCAAACACCUUCUUUCGCUGCGCGACAGAAUCGAGGAUACGUCGAGUAAGGUCCUGAUUACGGGUGACCUGAACGCAGGAAAGUCGACUUUCUGCAAUGCUUUGCUGCGACGCAAGGUUCUUCCGGAAGAUCAGCAACCCUGCACCAGUAUCUUCUGCGAAGUACUAGACGCCCGAGAGAACAGCGGGCUGGAGGAGGUGCAUGCGGUUCACAAGGAAAAACAGUACAACCGCAACGACGAGAGCACAUACGAUGUCUACCCCCUGAAAGAGCUGGAGAACAUUGUGAUCGACAACUCACACUACAUGCAGUGCAAGGUUUACGUGAAGGAUGUGCGGACCAUCGAUGAGUCUCUGUUAAACAACGGAGUGGUUGAUAUUGCUUUGAUUGACGCUCCUGGCUUGAAUUCGGACUCCCUGAAAACCACGGCGGUUUUCGCUCGACAGGAAGAGAUUGACGUCGUCGUCUUCGUGGUUUCUGCCGCAAACCACUUUACGCUCUCCGCCAAGGACUUCAUUCACAACGCUGCGCAUGAGAAGGCUUACAUGUUCAUGGUAGUCAACGGCUUUGAUCAGAUUCGGGACAAGCAACGAUGUGAACGGAUGAUCCUGGAUCAAAUCAACAAACUUAGCCCUCGUACUUACAAGGAAGCUGCGGAACUCGUCCACUUCGUCUCCAGCAAUGCCGUCCCAGUUGCACCUCCGAUGUCCGUUGAAAGUUCCGGCGGUGGCGGUGGCGGGGGAGACUCAGAUCCGCAUGAUGAUGAUGACGAUUCAAACGAUCACAAAGGAAAAGGAAAGGACAAAGGCAAAGAGAAGCAGAAGAUCCAGGACUUCGAAAAUCUGGAGAGCUCACUGCGACGGUUCGUUCUGGAGAAGCGCUCCCGGUCGAAACUCGCUCCCGCCAGGACUUACCUUCUCAAUUUGCUUGCGGACCUGAAUUCUUUAGCCGCGGUCAAUCGUGAUGUUGCUCAAGCUGAACUUAAGCGUGUUACAGAAGAACUCGCGGAGCUUGAGCCGGCCUUCGAGGAUGGCAAGAAGAAGAAGAUUGAGCUUGACGUUCAGGUCGAUAAAUGCAUCGAUGACUCCUGUGACGACGUUUAUAACCACACCCGCACGACUCUUUCCGACACUAUCGCUCGUGUAUCCGAUGCCGACCUUGGUGUCGAAUACCCCGGCUUCCUUUCUGCGUUCCAAUAUGCCGAGGAUCUGAAGGUGGCCAUGCUCGAGCAAAUUGCAUCAUCCGUCUCGAACUGCGAGGACUAUGCACGUGACCGGACCGUGAAGGGAGUUGGCUUUAUUCAGAACAUCGGUCUCCUGCAUGUCGGGGAAGAUAAAUUUGCUCCCCUCCAAUUCCGCGCAGAUAUGAUGUUCCGUCGCGGUCGCCGUCAUACGUUUGCCAGACAGGUGGACACGGAAGUCGAGCUGUUGGAUUUCUUCGAUAUCGCUGGCCUCUGGGAGCGACAGGAGAAGGUGGCCGGAACGGGCAUGGCCAUGACAGCGUUGACUGUGGUUGGAGGUAGAGCUUUGGGCGGUAUCAGUUGGGUCGAUAGCAUGUUCAGUGCUGUGAAGAUCCUCGGCCCCAACAAUGUGCGACGUCUGUUCUUCCCCGGCGUUAUUGCUGCUGCCCUUUUGACCGCCGCAUACAUGGUCUCCCAGAUCCCAUCCACCCUGCCUCCUCGUCUUUCUCGCAAACUUGCCGCUACCCUCUCUGAAAUGGACUACGUGCACUCCAAUGCCAACCGCAUCUCAUCAGAAGUCCGCCGCAUUCUGCGCCUUCCUGCCGGUAACCUCCAAACCAGCCUUGCACAGGGCAUCGAGGAUCUCGGACGACGCAAGCAGGAAGUCAGCAAGACGAAGCACGAGAGUGAAACCGCAAGCAAAUACUUCGUCAACCUCUUCCGCGAAAGUGGCGAGAACAGAACGUCUGUUGACUCGAUAGAUCUUGAUGCCCCAUUGCCCGGUGGCAUGGCGGCUCAUGGGCUAUGA